AUGAGUUCUGACAAUCUUCUUAAUUCUAUGGGAAAGAGACUAGUGGGUAAGGUUGCAGUGAUCACUGGUGGUGCUGCGGGCAUCGGUAAAGCUACUGCCAAACUCUUCACCCUGCAUGGUUGUAGGGUAGUGAUUGCCGACAUCCAAGAUGAUUUGGGUCAAUCCGUGUGUGAAGAAAUUGGGGCAGAGAUGUCGUUAUUCGUGCAUUGCGAUGUCACCAAAGAAGAUGAUGUGAAGAACGCAGUAGACGAGGCUGUUUCAAGAUUUGGAAAACUUGACAUAAUGUUCAACAAUGCCGGGACCAUUGAUCCACCUAAGGUAAGAACUGUGGACAACCAAAAAUCCGAUUUCGAAAGGGUCCUCGACGUCAAUGUCACCGGUGUGUUCUUAGGCACCAAACACGCAGCUCGUGUCAUGUUACCGGCGAAACAAGGCAGCAUCAUUAACAAUGGGAGUGUGAGUUCAAUCGUGGGAGGGAUAGCCACUCAUGCUUAUGUAGCUUCCAAGUAUGCAGUAGUAGGUCCCAGUGAAGAAGCUCUUUCUUUGGUGUAUUCAUUUCUCUUCAAAAGUAACUAUGAAUUGUUAAUAAGACUGUUUUUAUGA